CCUUCUUCCUUUCCCCCAACAUCCCUCGAGGUGGGGAGGCCUUCGUGUGCUUCAUUGGAGGCUUUAUGCCUCGCUCCCCAGUGCUCACGAAGCAUACGUUGGGUCGGUUGAUUUUUUCCCUCCUCCUUCACCGGUUAUCUUGUGCGGACCCUGCUUUUUGCCCUAAAAGGAUUUGGGAUCAAGGUCUUUUUCAGUUGUUUUAUUUUGAAGCAGAAGAAAAAAAGCCAAAAUGGGGCGGAGAUCUACAUCAUCCACCAAGAGUGGGAAAUUCAUGAAUCCCACAGAUCAGGCUCGAAAGGAAGCUCGGAAGAGGGAACUAAAAAAGAACAAAAAGCAACGAAUGAUGGUACGAGCAGCUGUACUGAAGAUGAAAGACCCAAAGCAGAUCAUCCGGGACAUGGAAAAAUUGGAUGAGAUGGAGUUUAACCCAGUGCAGCAGCCACAGCUUAAUGAAAAAGUGCUAAAGGAUAAACGCAAGAAGCUCCGUGAGACUUUUGAGCGUAUCUUACGGCUCUAUGAGAAGGAGAAUCCUGACAUCUAUAAAGAACUCCGCAAGUUGGAAGUGGAGUAUGAGCAAAAGAGAGCACAACUCAGCCAGUAUUUUGAUGCUGUCAAGAAUGCUCAGCAUGUUGAAGUGGAAAGUAUCCCUUUACCUGACAUGCCUCAUGCUCCCUCCAACAUUCUUAUACAAGACAUUCCCCUUCCUGGGGCCCAGCCACCUUCUAUCCUCAAGAAGACAUCAGCCUAUGGACCACCAGUUCGUUCUAUUUCUAUGCUUCCUCCUCCUGGGCUCGGUGUUCCACGUUUACCUCCUGGCAGGAAGCCCCCAGGACCUCCUCCAGGACCACCCCCACCACAGGUCCUACAGAUGUAUGGUCGUAAAGUGGGUUUUGCUUUGGAGGUGGCUCCUCGAAGGCGAGAGGAAGACGUUUCUUACGGUUCUGAACCAGGGCAGCGAGGGCAUGAUGAUGAUAUGUCCAGUACAAGUGAGGAUGAAGGCUAUCCUGAGGAUAUGGAUCAAGACAAGCAUGAUGAGAGUAGUGAUGAUAGUGACAGUGAUAGGUCAGAUGCAGACAGUGAAGGUGAGGACUUCCCACAUCGUGAUAAUGACAAGGAGAGGGAAGGUGGAGAAGAAAAGAAAUCAGGUCACAGCGUGCGGUUUGCAGACAUGCCUGGGAAAUCACGGAAGAAGAAGAAGAACAUGAAAGAACUGACUCCGCUCCAGGCCAUGAUGUUACGAAUGGCAGGUCAGGAAAUCCCAGAAGAAGGGAGAGAAGUGGAGGAAUACUCAGAAGAAGAAGAAGAGGAGGAAGAUGACUCAGAGUCUGAAGACACAUCACAACAGCAGCAGCAACAACAGCAACACAGUGAGGAAGCUCUUGCAGAGACUGGGUCAUCUACUGCAGCCUCAAGUCAGCAGCAGCAGUCUUCACAGGCUGUUGCUUCGGGUCAAAUACAGGCACCUCCUAUGCCUGGGCCACCUCCUCUAGGACCACCUCCAGCCCCUCCACUGAGACCCCCAGGGCCACCCACUGGCCUUCCUCCUGGCCCUCCACCUGGAGCUCCUCCUUUCCUGAGACCUCCUGGUUUACCAGGACUGCGUGGGCCUUUACCUCGACUUCUACCACCAGGUCCCCCGCCUGGGCGACCCCCAGGCCCUCCCCCCGGUCCCCCACCCGGUCUUCCCCCAGGCCCUCCUCCACGUGGACCCCCUCCUCGCCUGCCACCUCCUGCCCCACCAGGUAUCCCUCCUCCUCGCCCAGGCAUGCUGCGGCCACCUCUGGUGCCUCCAUUAGGACCUGCCCCGCCUGGGCUUUACCCACCAGCUCCUCUUCCAAACCCUGGUGUUCUGAGUGCCCCACCCAGCUUGAUUCAGCGUCCCAAGGCGGAUGACACCAGUGCAGCCACCAUUGAGAAGAAGGCCACGGCUACUAUCAGUGCCAAGCCACAGAUCACUAACCCCAAGGCUGAAAUCACUCGCUUUGUGCCCACUGCCUUGCGAGUGCGCAGGGAGAAUAAAGGGGCUUUGGCUGCCUCUCAGAGAAAACAGGAUGAUGAGCCUGCUCUCCCGUUAACCAAAGCUGCCCCUAAGGCUGGAUCGUCUGCCCCUAUCUCUGUACAGACGAAGGAUGAUGUGUAUGAAGCCUUCAUGAAGGAAAUGGAAGGUCUUCUCUGACCUGUCCCAAUCAGCUUUCCUGCCCUCUGAGCACAGAUCAGGCCACCACAGAGGAAGAAGGAGAGGUCUUUCUGCAAGCAAUGAAAGGGCUCGCAUGACAGGGAAAGGUUCCCUACUACCCAUGGGUUAACUUGCCAGUAUGCUCUGAGUAGAGACUGCUGCAGGUGAGGUGCAGCCAAGUAUUUCCUUUCAGAGCCAGCGUGUCCACUUGGAGCAAGGGAAUUACAGUCAGUAAGGCAACUCUGCUUCCCUUGAGUCCUCCCAGUUCCUUGGAGGAGGUGAUGGUGCUCUGUGGAGGGGGCAUAGGAGUUGGGGCUGACUUUGCUCUUCCUUAAUCCUUUCACAUCCUGAAUGCUCUGGUGAGGGUAGUGGAGCCAAUUUUUAAGGAGCCAGAAAAGCGUUAGCAGAAUUUCAUACACACGUGGUUGUCCAGUUUUUAUUUUCUGUACUGUUCCUUUCUGUAAAUAUUUUAUAAUCCUGUUUUGUUUUAUUUUUAGUUGCAGUGAGAUCAAUCAUCUUUCUUCCGGGGUAGUCAGGGCGGUCAUUUGUUGCGUAUACUGUACACUGGAAUUUUGCACCCUGUCCCCUUAACCGUCAUCUUGAUGGCUUUUCAUUGGCAGGGGAACCUUCAUUUUGUCUUGUGAAAGACAAUAAAUAUUCAGUGUAUCAAAA